AUCAGGGAUAAGGUCGAAUGCACCGCCAGCUGAUGUCCUCCAACGUCAAAACAUUCGUGUCGCAAGUCAAGGAUUUGACUCAUGAGUAUCGUGGGCCUUUACUCACGCUUGAUUCACUUUCGCCUUUUCUCUUGAGAGCAACUGCUGGACAGAGAUCAGUGUCAGCUAGAAACUCAAAAGGAGAUUCAAGAAAAAGAGGGAUUAAUUGCCACAUACAAAAUGAACGGCUCCAGCACACAAACCUUCGCUCAAAGUGGGGCCUUGCUGAGAGACCGCAAGCAGAAGACUUUCAAGAUCAUUGUCAUUGGCGACAGCAGUGUGGGGAAGACCUGUCUCACUUUCAGAUUCUGUGGGGGACAUUUCCCUGAUAGAACGGAAGCAACUAUUGGGGUAGAUUUCCGCGAAAGAAAAUUAAAGAUUGAUGGAGAGGAUAUUGUGCUCCAGCUUUGGGACACUGCUGGCCAGGAGAGAUUCCGAAGAUCGAUGGUUCAGCACUAUUACCGUAACGUCCAUGCAGUUGUCUUCGUAUAUGACGUUACCAGAAUGGCCUCGUUUAUGUCAUUGCCGUCCUGGAUUGAAGAAUGCAAUCACCACAGCCUCAGCUACAACAUACCGCGGAUUCUGGUCGGCAACAAGUGCGACUGCAAGGACCACCUGGAAGUCCCUACCAAUGUGGCACAGAGAUUUGCUGAUCGCCACAGUAUGCCGCUCUUUGAAACUUCAGCAAAAAAUGACAACGACUGUGAUCAUGUAGAGGCCAUCUUCAUGACCCUGGCCCAUAAACUGAAAGCCUCCAAACCCAUGAUGCCCAUAGACCCCACACAGUUUCCCCCAGAAGACAUACACAGAGCAGAAGUCAUGUCCAUCGGCAGGGAGAGGAACGGGGUAGAAGUGCAGAACUCCAGCUCCUGCUACUGCUGAUACAGAGCUGAACCUGUGUGGUCCAACAAGAGCCUUCCAAGCAAAACUGCCCUGCUUAAUUAUCUGGUAUUAUUUAUAAACAUGUAGAAGCGGCACUAGCAAGGAAGGAUUGUCCUCGCAGGGUUUACAGGACAGGCAGGAUCCUUUUGCAGGAUGGGGACUGUACGAGUAUUUUUCUAUCCCAGCCUGGCAACUUUUAAAUGCCAGUUACUUUUGCUUGCCCUGAAUUGUGGGCAUUUACACUUUAUAAUAGGAAGGAUAAAGGUUCAUCACAGUGUAAAGGAUUUUUGAUAUGCAAGAUAGGAUAAGAAGCCACUGUUUUAGAAGGAUCAAGGAGUCACUCUUCACAGAACAGGCUUUUUGGAGAUAGUUUGUAAUACAUAAUAGUUUGAAUUACUAGUAGCAGCCAAAUACAGCAAUGGCUUCCUCAAGGUUACUCCACUGUGGUAGCACCAUAAACGUAUGAUUUGGAUAGGUAAUGUUAUGCAGAGACCCUAGGAUGUUUUCAAAUUUUUAAACUAAGUUUCCAGAAGCACCAAACUCUCUCUGCAUUUCCAAUUCAAUAAAGUUUGUCGUGCAGUGAUAGUGUGAAGAUGUAACACGCAACAUUGUUAAAGUAUCAUCUUUUUAUUAUCUUAAGGUUAUCAAGAUGUUAGAUCUUUCAAUGACGGUAAUUACAUUCCUCUUAAAGCUCCAGACCAUGUUAUCUUACAAGUUGGUGAUAUAUAGAUAUUGAUUUUUAAAAAAUUUAGGUCAUUGGUUUCACCAUGUCUGUAAUUGUCUAUAUAUCAACAAAGGAGAAAUUGGGUUUUUCUUUGAUUUUAAUUAAGAUUCUUGUGUCUCAGAAAUAUGUAUAAAGAUCAUCUCUAAAAUUCUAAAAGCAUAGUGUUUAUGUGAAAUACCUUUUGCAGCUACAUUGAUAUGUUUAAGAAUUUCCAUGGUUUGCAAGUCAAAUUCAACUAUAACAUUUUUAUUACUGAUCUGAAUGUGUCGUAUGAGUUAUAGGUGUUUUUAAUUAUUAAUUUGUGCAAUAUGUGAUAUUAAGGAAAUGCAGUAAUUCAUAGGAUACAUUGUCUAUUAUUGUUCAGAUUUGUUGGAAAUCGUGUUCAUCUGAUGGCAAAGCUACUGUUUCAGAUUUUUCCACACAUUAUUCCAAAUAAGAAAAAAGUAAUGCAUGUUUCUGGGUUCGUGAAUGUGUUGAAGGGCAUUGUUUGCUGCUCUUAUAUUCAAGGAAAUUUCAUCCAGGUCAAACUAUGUGCUUUAAUUUAGGGUUUUUUUUUUUUUUUUUUUUUUUUUUUUUUCUGUGUGACAAGUGAGCAGCCAUGCCAAACUGAAUUUCAUCAACUCAUAGGAAAACUAACUACCUUCAAAAGAUAUUUUUGUUGCAUGAGUAAAUCACAGCAAAAAAUUGAGAUUAAAAAAUUAUAAUUAAGCAUAGUGUGAUCUUUUGUAUUGGGUGUAAAAUCUUUUGUUUGUGUUUACUCCCUAAGGAAUAGAAGAGUGUGAAAAUGUUGUGACAAGAAUUUUGGAAAAGUACGUUCUUAAUGAAUACCAGGUGUUUUAGACAGUUACUGCUAUUUUGAAUGAAAAACUACCAUUUAGUGAUAUUUGUUGAUCCUGCAUAUCUCCUAUAACCUUGUUAGUGGGUAUGUACAUGAGUUUAUUUUUAUACUUAUUUAUUUUUUCACCUUUUUUUUUAAAUGUCUGAUAUGGUCUGGUUGAAAUGUUCUUCAAAGAAAGUUACAUAUUAAGUUCAAGAAAUAAAGGAAGUUCCGAGUCAUAAGGGUAUGUAGUUCUGAAAAUGCUUCAAGAAAUAAAGGAAGUUCCGAGUCAUUUCUUGGGGUAUGUAGUUCUUCUGAAAAUGCUCAUGUUUUGAUAUUCCAGGACUUAUGUAAUUUUGUCUCUCAAAAGACGAUGGUAAUGUGAUUUUUCAUAUUAGACUAAGUGUUUGUGUUCCCUUCGUCAAUCCACUAUCAUCAGGAUUGCAUUUUUACUGUGAACCGUGUCUGGGUGUUCUUCACAAUGCAUAUCUCUUGUACAACAAACUGGAGCAAUUUUGCAUGGCACUGAAACUUUUGUAAUGAGUUAAUGUUAAUACAUGUUGUGUUCUUAUGCUACAGUGAGACUAGUUGGCGAGUCACUAUGAUAGUGGUUGCAGUGCCACAGAGCAGCUCUUGCUCUUAAGGCAAGAAAUGGGUUAGGCUCCCCUCUGCAUCCUCUUUGGAAGGGGAUUGCCAUGUAUGAAAGGAAGAGUAUACUGUAAAUAGGCAAAGACAUUAAUAUUAUUAUUCAAAUUUUCAUAAUAUUGUCACAUUAGUUGUUAUGUAAUCAUUUGUAGUUCUUGGAGUCUUCAGGUUUCAUGUAUUUAUUUCAUUUCUAAUAGCUAUUUUUAUAUAAGAGUACGCUGCGAAUAUGUCUCUGCAGCGAGUCCCAUUGUUGUAUCACUCUGGCUAGGAGGUUUUAAGACUGUCAUAAUAUUUUGCAUCUUUUUGUAUGCAAAGUGUGUUGAACAAGCUGUCGUCCUUUCUUCUCACCUCUGGCACAAUGCUGAACUCAUCUUCAGCAAAGAUAUGGUCAUUGUAGUUCUGUAGAGAUGUUCUGUGGGCCAAUCCUGGGGCAUAUAUCUGGGAUAAUUAAGAUGAUUUUGUUUGUGCUUUUGAUAUGAUCACGAAAGGAUCUUGAAAGUAAAUUGGAGUCAGGAUAUAGUAUUGAUUGAAGGAUUGUGUUUUUCCUUAAUCUAUUUCACAUAUAUCAGUGUCUUCCAGUCUUUUGACAACACAGUGGCAUUCAUUGAAAUCAUUAAAAAUAUAUAUCAUAAUUUAUUAUAAGAUUAUGUAGCAUCUUAAUCAUUUGAAUAAUUCAUAGGUGUGUCAGUAUUACUUUGCCUUCUUUGCUGCUGAGAAAUGAUAUACAGGGCAAGACCUCAGUUUGAUAGCCAGGGGCUCUCCCACACCAAACGAAGAGCUUUACAAGCGUUAACUCCUUGGAUCUGAGUGCUUUAUUGCCUACAUGUGACCCCAAAAUCCAGGCAUUAGACUUACUUGAGUGGCCACUUAAGUUUCCUACUAGCUUGCAAGCCAGGUGCACACGAACACUCAUGGGCGAUGUCAAAACUUCUUGCCUCCCCUUUGCAAUGUUAUCUCUUUUUCUUUAUAAGCAUUUUUAGCUUUUUGGUCAUUUUCUAAUGACUGCAUUUGUCAUUUUAUAUUCUGUAUCCAGAUGGUAACAGAUUUCUUACCUUGCACAGACUCCAUUUCAUCUCUCUAGGUAGUCCGUAACUCGGUGCAGAAAUAAUAACAGUAAGUAAUAUUUUGUUGUUUGUGUCAUUUUAUCAUUUUUCUUAUAAUAUCAAGUUUUCUGUAACACAACCUGUAAGAAGGAAUAGGAUCCUGAGCACGGAAAUAGCAUCCUCUCUGGAGCUGACACUUCCAGUCAUGGCUCAUGGAUGGUACAUUCCAGACUUGUUUAUUGAUGGAAAUAAUAUAAGAGCCCCUUCCUAAAUGCCCACCGAGUCUAAUCACUCUCCAAGAGCAUUGUCCACCCGGGUUGAGUAAUUUCUGUUAUCCUAGCCUUCAGCCAAAAUUCUCAUGACAUGAAGUUCCUUCACCCUGGCAUCAAAGGUAUCCACAUCCAGCUUAAAAUUCUUGCAUGUCCAAAGAAAGUGUACAGUAAAUAUGGCCUGAUUAUUACUCUGUCUUAGAAUCUCCCAGAGUUAGAGACAAGUAGCAGUAAGUCAAGAGAUUAUUUGAGAUCAUAGAUGGCAGGACACCCCUCCUAGGGUAGCUCCUGAUGUGAACUGUGCAUGUAGAUGGUUCAGUAUAUGGAAUAUGGUUAGUGCUGGUAGUCCCUGGACAUGUAGACAUAGCAGCAACUGUUAGAGGGCUGGUGAAUGAUAAAGGUGUUCGUUAUGAAUGCAUGGAAGUUUCUGAUAGCAAAGGUUAGUGGUAUGACCAUGUGAUCUAUAAGCAAUUUGAAUGCUUAGAAUUUUAAAAAGACCUUUAUUAUCGUUAGACAAAUGUAAACUACAGUGAAUUAAUAGGAUUUACUAAGACAUAUGUUAAGUGUGAUUGAUAAUGGAAGCACAAAGAAAGAUAUGUUUAGAAGUUGGUAUGCUAAACUUUGUUCUGUUUUAUUAAAUGAAAUUUCUUCAGUAAUUUUCAAAAAGUUGAAUUGAAAAUCUUGAAGUCUUCUGAAUAACUUUGAGGCAUGCAUUGUCUUCACUACUGGCAAUAAGACAUAUAUAACUCCAUCAAGGAGUUUGUCCAGCUUUCCAGGACUGAAUUCAUUUUUAUAAAAAGUUGCUGAAAGUUCAUAUCUUAAUAUGCUGUACUAUCUCUGGAAUCCACUACAAAAAUAUAACCUACCUUUGUAAACUAAACUUACUUGUAAGAUUUAAUAUGUGAAUGGUAAAGCGGAACUGUGAGCUUUUGAUUGUCCAUUUAUAUUUACCUUCAUAGUAUUCAUGACAUACCUACAAUAACAUUGCCUGAGUUUACUAGAAUUUUUAUUUUUUUAGCUGCAUCGCAGUAAAGGAUAUUGCAUGUGUAAUUAAUUUUCUGUUUUCAUUGUACUUACAAGAAGCUAGUCAGUUUACUGGAAAGUUGAUAAAAGGUUUGUGGUCAGUAUAUAUAAAUAUAAAUGUGAAAUAUUGGUUGGUUGGAGAACUAAACACAACUGAUAUUUGGCAUUGGAUUUGUAAAAUCAGUGUACAAAUCUAAUGCACUUUUUAACAUUAUGUUCCCCUUUAAGCGAUACAUUUUUCCCUGCAAUUCUUUUCAUAAUGGAUUUCAGAAAUGUAAGGAUAUAUGUGUAAUACACUUGAAUUCCACUCCCUUUUGUUCUUAUAUAACAUUCUAGAGAAGAUUUAAGUUUUUAGUUCUCCUGCAGAUACCAUGUUAAGGAUAAGGCAACACUUUUCUUGCUGGUAGAUAUCAUGCAGAUUUUAGUUGACAGGAGUUACCGUGUGAAGACAUAAUUUCAAGAUUCAUAUGUUUAUGACUUAAGAGUCUUUGGUGCAUACAUAUUUUUAUUAGACUGUUCCUUAGUAUAGUUCAGUUUUUUUUUUUUUUUUUUUUUUUUUUUUUUUUUUUUUUUUUUUUAAGUGGCAUGUAAACUGUCACACACUGUCAUGAUCCAUAUUAGCAAAAGACAUUCUGACUCCUCUGAAUGCAUGGUCAUCUAAAUACUGAAUGACUACAGUGUGAAAUAUAUGUGCAUGUGUGUGUGCGUGAGAAUUUUAAUCUUAUUUUUCUUGCUAGUCUUUCGUAUUAUGCAUAAUUAUGAGUUUUUUCUUGUAAAACAUUGACAAGGAUUGUGUUUUUCUGCAAUACACAUUUUGAAAUUACUCUACAGGAUUUUUAAUGGACUUUCUAGUUUUGGUUUUAGAAUAGGUGUGCUUGGUCAGAAUCUAUGCAGAAAAGGCAUACUGAAUGCUUUGUAAUGUUUGCCUCUGGGGUUUGGAAGACUUGGUGCGUGUGUAGCCUUUAUUCUUACGUUUGGAAUAAUGUCGACUAAUAAAACUGGGAUUAAAUUUUGAGAGCUUGUGGCAUCACCAGUGCCAGGGCUGACAAUCGUGGAGGAUGUAAUUAACGAGAAUGAGAGAAUGUGUCGCCUCGAGCUGGGAAAUAAUUGUUCGGAAGUCAUUUUUUUGCUCCAGAUGAGUCUUAAUGGAUAUAUAUAUUUUUCAACUUAGAGAUAGAGAUAUGUUUAUGUAUUGUUAAGUAACUAUUGUAUACGUUCAUGGCAAGAAAUGUUGUGUAAUGAUUCCUCUAAUGUAACUGAUCUUCCUGCAUGUCAACCCACUUUUAAUUGAUUAUGCAACUUCUGUCAUUGGCAUUAUUGAUUUUUAUUUUUAUUUCAUAUUCUGAAGUAUUGUUCUUCACUUAUUUCUCCUCCUCUUCCUCAUCUCUCUCUUUUAUUUUUUCUCUCUUCUGUUCUCUUCUGCUCUCUCUCUCUCUCUCUCUCUCUCUCUCUCUCUCUCUCUCUCUCUCUCUCUCUCUCUCUCUCUCUCUCUCUCUCUCUCUCUCUCUCUCUCUCUCUCUCUCUCUCUCUUUUCCCUCCAUUUUGCCUAUGCAUUGCUUAUAUCCAAUUUAAGAAAAAAUGUGUAAAUAUUCUAGAGAUUACUCUGAAACAUCUGAUAUAAUUGAAUUUCUCGUACAGUGUAUGUUUGGUAUAAACGAAUAUGAUAAUUUCUUUAUACACAUUUUCAUUACCUUCAUUUCUUGUUUGAUAUGCAAAAAAAAUGUGUUUGUGAUAAUCAACUGUAUCUUUAUUAUUGAUUUUUAUGUAAUAAAUUGUAAUUCUUGUUAACAGAUGUUUUUGUCGAAGGUGACGAGUAGGCAUUUGACCUUCAGGGAAAAUGUUACCAAAGAGAAAGGGUUAAGGAAAGCCUAGAUUUUAUAUUGUAUAGUAUAUGCAGCAGGAUUUGAAGGACAGGCAUUCAUUUAGUAAAGGAUUAAAUUCU